AUGGCUGGCUUGAAUGUCUCCAUUGCUUUUUUUUUCCUGGUUGUUGGGGUGUGCCAGGUGCUCAGGUGUCUUUCCAAGAGGCUUCUGUCUCCUGGAACGUAUGGCUGCCUUGCCAGAGAACUUGCUGGUUCGUUACAGUUGUGCAUGAGCUACCUUGAGCUGAGGAUGCUGGUGGAUAUUGGCCCAUGGGGUGGUGGCUUUGGCCCAGACGUGGUCUUGACUCUGCUCUUUCUCCUCUUCAUGGUUCACGGUGCCUCUUUUGAUGGAGCAUCUGCCAACCCGACCAUCUGUCUCCAGGAGUUCCUGCUCCUUGAGUCCAACCUCGCAGCAACUGCUGCCAAGCUGCUGGCCCAGGGUGCGGGCACAGGUACAGGCUGGGCCGUCACCAAGCUCUAUUGGUCCUGGGAGCUGACGCAUUUCCACUUCAUCCAGAACCUGAUAGCGUCAGAGUGCAGCUCCUCCAUCCACACAUCUCUGCACCAUGCUACCUUUGUGGAAGGCACCUGCUCUUUCCUUUUCCACCUUGUCCUUCUCAAGUUGCGACAGAGUCAUCCAAUGUACAGGGUUCCUUCCCUGGCUGCGACUGUCACCUUCCUGACCUACACAGCUGGACCAUUCACGGGGGCCUUCUUCAACCCUGCCCUGGCUACAGCUGCCACCUUCCAUUGCUUGGGGAGCAGCUUUUGGGACUACGUCCAGGUUUACUGGCUGGGGCCCCUCACAGGGAUGCUCGCUGCCCUCCUGCUGUACCAAGGCAACAUCCCACGACUCUUCCAGAAAAACCUCCUUUACAGCCAGAGGAGCAAAUACAAGAUACCCAAGACGAGGAUGGUGGCACAUGUGGACAGUGACAGAUCACCUCAGAAGAGGAAAGGGGAGAAGAGCGACUCCAAGCCUCGUGCCUGA